GGGCCCGCUUGCUUCUUCAGGUGGCGCUGGAGUCGUUGAGUCCAACAAGCUCCCGGCCACGGCUUCAUGUCUUGGCGACCAAGACGCGUAGCUCCCUGGAGGAGGCCGCGGAGGGGUUUUUGCAUUCUGAGCGUCGUCGCCUGUACGCCGUGUACCGCGCCUCCACGUCCCGCGAUGCCUCGUUGGUACCCUCCCCCUACGAUUACGUUUGCGUCCUUCAGAGGCUGAGUGCCUGUGGUAUGGGGGCGCCUUCCAAGCAAGUGUACUCGUUGCUGGUGGAGUUGCUUAGGAAGCCGCUGCACCCCUCGCAGGCCGGCCUGGGGUGGGAUCUCCCGGAUGAGGCGGUAGUGGAUUUGCAGGCGCGAGCUCUGGGGGGCGGUGGUGCCCUGCCUCGAGGGCCGCGACGCCUUGGCGUUUGCGCAGAAGGGCCUCAUGCCACUCCUCUCGCCUACUGCCCUCGCGGGCGGCAGCCACUCUAG